UCUUUAUUUUUAUUUUUUUUUUCACUCUGUACUAGCCAGUUUUUACACUAAGGAAAAAAAAUGGCGAGUAAUUUGGUACAACAAUUUGUUCAACGUUUAAAAUCACGUAAUGAAGAUGUUCGUAAUAAAGCAGCUCGUGAUUUAUGUCAUUAUAUACAAACAGAUUUACGUGAAACAUCACAAGAAGAAAUAACUAGUUUUAUGGAAAAAUUUAAUCAUCAUAUAUUUGAAAUGGUAUCUGGUUCAGAUAUGAAUGAAAAAAAAGGUGGUAUAUUAGCAAUAAUAUGUUUAAUUGGUGCUGAUGUUGGUGAUAUUAAUACACGUAUUAGAUUUGCAAAUUAUUUACGUAAUUUAUUGCCAUCAAAUGAUGUUGGUGUUAUGGAACUUGCUGCAAAAACAGUUGGUAAGCUAGCACUUGUAUCUGGUACAUAUACUGCUGAUUAUGUUGAAUUUGAAGUUAAAAGAGCAUUUGAAUGGCUUGGUGGUGAUAGAAAUGAAGCUAAACGUCAUGCAGCUGUACUUGUAUUACGUGAACUUGCUGAUUCAAUGCCAACAUAUUUUUUUCUUCAAGUAACACCAUUUUUUGAUUUAAUAUUUAAUGCAAUUAAAGAUCAAAAAGCUGUUAUACGUGAAGAUGCUGUUGCUGCAUUACGUGCUGCACUUGUUGUUACAGCACAACGUGAAACAACAAAACAAAUGUAUAAAUCACAAUGGUAUAAACAAUGUUAUGAUGAAAUAAUUAAUGGUUUUGAAGAUAUAUAUAGUAAAGAAAAAGGUUUUAAUCGUGAUGAUAGAAUACAUGGUUCAUUAUUAAUAUUAAAUGAAUUAUUAAGAUGUAGUAAUAUUGAAUGGGAAAAAAAUUAUGUUGAUUUAAUGGAUCGUUUAAAUUAUUCAAUUAAAAAAAAUGAUAAUAAUAAUAAUAAUAAUAGUAAUAAUGAUAUAUUAUUAUUAAUGCCAAGAUUAAAAACAAUAUCAAUUGUAUCAAAAUGGUCAUCUGAUAAUUGUGUUAAUAAUUUACGUACAACAACAACAAAUAAUUCAUCAUAUUAUCCAGUACAUGAAUCAGCAGCAUGUAAACAACUUAUGCAAGAAAGAUUAGAUGAUGUUUAUAAUGAUGUUAUGAAUCAAAAAUCAUCAAGAAAUUUAUAUAUACAACGUGCAUUAAUGACAUUAUUACCACGUAUUGCUGCAUUUAAUACUGAUAAAUUUAUUAAUGAAUAUUUACGUGAAACACUUAAUUAUUUAUUAGGUGUAUUACGUGGUAAAGAUAAAGAACGUUAUGAUGCAUUUAUAACAUUUGGUCUUAUUGCUGUUGCUGUUGGUGAUGCUAUUAAAUCAUAUUUACCUAAAAUUAUUGAAAUUAUUAAAACAACAUUAAUACAAAAAGAAUCAACAAUUAAAAAAUCAUUAUCAUCAGUUGAUUCAGCAGUAUUUAUAUGUAUAACAUUACUUGGACAUGCUGUUAAACAAUCAUUAAGUGCAGAUGCCAAAGAUUUAUUAGAUUUAAUGUUUUCAACUGGUUUAAGUCCAAUAUUAACAACAUCAUUACGUGAACUUGCUCAAAAUGUACCAUCAUUAAAAUAUGAUAUAUCACAAGGUUUAUUACGUAUGUUAUCACAAGUAUUAAUGAAUAAACCAUUAAAACAUCCUGGUGCACCAUGGAUAAGUGGUAAUUUAAUUAAUACAACAACAACAAUUCAUUCAUCAUCAUCAAUAACAAUACCAGCAUCAUUAUCAUUAUCAUCAUCAUCAUCAUCAUCAUCUUCAUCUUCAUCAUCUUCUUCCUCCUCUUCAUCAUCAUCAUCAUCAGCAGCAGCUGCAGCAGCUGCAGUAGCAGUAACAGCAUUAUCAUCAACAACACAAACAAAUACACUAUUACCAACAACAUUAUCAUCAUCAUCAUCAUUAUCAUCAUCAUCAUCUUCAUCAACAACAUUAUUACCAACAAUAACAACAUCAUCAUCAACAACAACAACAACUGGCGGAGGAGGAGGUGGAGGUGGUACAACAAAUGAACCAACAGAUAUAACAUUAACUGUAUUGGCAUUAAAAACACUUGGUACAUUUAAUUUUGAUGGUAAUUCAUUAUUACAAUUUGUAAAACGUUGUGCUGAUCAUUUUUUAACAUUUGAAACACCAGAAGUACGUCUUGAGGCUGUUAAAACAUCAUCAAGAUUAUUAAAAAUAGCAUUAAAUCAACCAGGACCAACAGUUACAAGAACAGUAUCAGUUAUACUUGGUAAACUUUUAGUUGUUGGUAUAACAGAUACAAAUAGUGAUGUUAGAAUUGCUGUAUUAUCAUCACUUGAUUCAUCAUUUGAUAUACAUCUUGCACAAGCUGAAAAUUUAUCAGCAUUAUUUAUUGCAAUGAAUGAUGAAAUGUUUGAAAUACGUGAACUUGCUAUUAAAAUAAUUGGUCGUUUAAGUACAAUAAAUCCAGCAUAUGUUAUGCCAUCAUUGAGAAAAACAUUGAUACAAUUUUUAACGGAAAUUGAACAUUCUGGAAUGGGAAGAAAUAAAGAACAAGCAGCAAAAAUGUUGGAUCAUUUAGUUGUUAAUGCACCAAGAUUAAUAAGACCAUAUAUGGAACCAAUAUUAAAAGUACUUGUACCAAAACUUAAAGAAAUUGAAACAAAUCCAGGUGUUAUAUUAUCAAUAUUACGUGCUAUUGGUGAUUUAGCUGAAGUUAAUGGUGCUGAAAUGCAACAAUGGAUGCCAGAAUUAUUAUCAAUAUUAUUAGAAAUGUUAGUUGAUGCAAGUUCACCAGAAAAACGUGGUGUUGCAUUAUGGGUAUUGGGACAAUUAGUUGGUAGUACUGGACAUGUUGUUAAACCAUAUAUGCAAUAUCCAACAUUACUAGAGGUAUUAAUUAAUUUUUUAAAAACUGAACAACAACCAAUAAUAAGAAGAGAAACAAUACGUGUAUUGGGUUUACUUGGUGCACUUGAUCCAUAUAAACAUAAAAUGAAUUUAGGACAAAUUGAUGGACAAUUUGAUACAUCAUUAUUAUCAUCAACAUCAUCAUCAUCAUCAACAUCAUCGUCAUCGUCAUCAUCAUCAUUAACAUCUUUAAAAACAAAAAACAAUGAUAAACAUGAUAAAAAUGAUAUUGAUAAUAGCACCACUAAUCAAGAUUUAACAACAAGUGAAAUGUUGGUAAAUAUGUCAUCAUCAUCAAGUUUAGAUGAUUAUUAUCCAGCAAUAGCAAUAGCAACAUUAAUGAAAAUAAUAAGAGAUCCAACAUUAUCACAACAUCAUACAAUGGUUGUACAAGCUGUGACAUUUAUAUUUAAAAGUUUAGGUAUUAAAUGUGUACCAUAUAUAUCACAAGUUAUGCCAAGUUUUUUAAAUGUCAUUAGAACAGCUGAUAUUAAUUUUCGUGAAUAUUUAUUUCAACAAUUAGCAACACUCAUUGCAAUUGUUAAACAACAUAUUAGAAAUUAUCUUGAUGAUAUAUUUAAUUUAAUAAAUGAAUUUUGGAUUAUAAAUAAUACAUCACUACAAUCAACAUUAAUAUUACUCAUUGAAAAUAUUGCAAUAGCACUUGGUGCUGAAUUUAAAAUAUACUUACCACAAUUAAUGCCACAAAUAUUAAAAGUACUAACAUAUGAUUGUAGUAAAGAUCGUUGUGUUACAAUUAAAUUAUUAUUGGCAUUACAAAAAUUUGGUAAUAAUUUAGAUAAUUAUUUACAUUUAGUAUUGCCACCAAUAUGUAAAUUAUUUUAUACAAAUGAUUGUCCAAUUGGUGUUAAUAAAAUGGCACUUGAAACAAUUGAUUAUUUAUCAGAUACACUUGAUUUUACUGAUUUUUCAUCACGUAUUAUACAUCCAAUUGUACGUACUAUUGAUCAACAUCCACAAUUACGUGAUACAUCAAUGAAUACAUUGUGCUCAUUGAUAAUACAAUUUGGUAAAAAAUAUGAAAUAUUUAUACCACUUGUACAAAAAGUUAUGAUGAAACAUAAAAUAAUAAAUUUACAAUAUGACAUAUUAAUUGAUAAAAUAUUAACUGAUAGUUUAUUAAUAAUGAAUAGCAACAAUAAUAAUAAUAAUAAUAAUAAUAAUCUAAACAACAACAAUAAUAAUAAUAGCAACAACAAUAAUAAUAAUAAUAACAACAACAACAAUAACAAUACCAAUACAAACACUAUGAGCUCAAAUAUGAAUAAUGAUGAUUCAUAUUCAUUAUUAAUACGUCAUAAUAAAAAUCAUAUUAAAAAUAAAAAUCGUGAUUUAUCAUCGUCAUUAAUAUCAUCAACAUCAGAUACAACAAUUAGAAAACGUUUACAAUUUUCAGUAAUUAAUUUAAAAAAUUCAUGGACAGCAACACGUCAAGUAUCAAAAGAUGAUUGGCUUGAAUGGUUACGUUCAUUAUCAAUUGAUUUAUUAAAAGAAUCACCAUCACCAGCAUUAAGAUCAUGUUUAGCACUUGCACAAACAUACUCACAAUUACCAAAAGAUUUAUUUAAUGCUGCAUUUUUAUCAUGUUGGUCAGAGUUGGAUGAUAAAUAUCGUAAUGAAUUAAUACAAACAUUACAACAAGCAAUAAUGGUACCAGAUAUACCAGAAAUAACACAAACAAUACUUAAUUUAGCUGAAUUUAUGGAACAUUGUGAUAAAGGACCACUACCAAUUGAUAAUAAAUUACUUGGUGAACGUGCAAUGUAUUGUCGUGCAUAUGCUAAAGCAUUACAUUAUAAAGAAGAAGAAUUUCAUAAAAAUAAUAAUAAUAAUAAUAAUAAUCAUUUAUUUGAAUCAUUAAUAUCAAUAAAUAAUAAAUUACAACAAAAAGAAGCUGCUGAAGGUUUAUUGGAAUAUGUUAUGAAUCAUCAAACAUCAUCUACAUCAUCUACAUCAUCUACAUCUUCUACAUCUUCUACAUCAACAUCAACAACAAAUAAACAACAAGAAAAUUUAAAAGUACAAGUUAGAUGGUAUGAAAAAUUACACAAUUGGGAUAAAGCAUUAUAUUUAUAUCGUGAACGUCUUGAUAUUGAUAAAAAUAAUAUUGAAUUAACACUUGGUGAAAUGCGUUGUUUAGAGGCACUUGGUGAAUGGGGUCAAUUACAUGAUGUUGCUAAAAAAUCAUGGUCAAAUCAAAUUGAUGAUACAAAACAAAAAAUGGCAAGAAUGGCUGCUUCUGCUGCUUGGGGUUUAGGUAAAUGGAAAAGUAUGGAAAAAUAUGUAUCAUUUGUACCAAAAGAAAGUCAAGAUGGUGCAUUUUUACGUGCUGUAUUAGCAAUACAUAAUAAACAAUAUAAUAUUGCACAUCAAUUAAUUGAUAAUGCUAGAGAUUUAUUAGAUACUGAGCUAACAGCAAUGGCUGGUGAAAGUUAUCAACGUGCAUAUAAUGCCAUGGUUGAAGUACAAAAACUUGCUGAACUUGAAGAAGUUAUACAAUAUAAAUUAAUACCAGAAAGAAGAAAUACAAUUAAAAAUAUGUGGUGGCAAAGAUUACAAGGUGGACAAAAAAUUGUUGAAGAUUGGCAAAAAAUAAUUCAAGUACAUACACUUGUUAUAUCACCACAAGAUGACAUGUAUACAUGGCUUAAAUAUGCAUCACUUUGUCGUAAAAAUGGUAAUUUAAUAUUAUGUCAUAAAACAUUAAUUAUGUUGAUGGGUUGUGAUCCAUCAAAAACACCAAAUGAUCCAUUACCAACAAAUAAUCCACAAGUUACAUUUGCAUAUUGUAAACAUUUAUGGGUUGCAAAAAAACGUGAAGAUGCAUACAAUCAAUUGAAAAUAUUUGUUGAAAAUUCACUUGAAAAAGUUGCAGCAGCAUCAGCAUCAUCAUCAUCUGUACUAUUAAUUGGUAAUAAUAAUAAUAAUAAUAAUAAUAAUCAAAAUCAAAUUGAUAAUCAUCAUCAUCAUCAUCAAUAUGAUACUAAAAAAAGAUUAUUAGCAAGAUGUUAUUUAAAAUUAGGACAAUGGUUAGAAUCACUUGAGGGUAUUAAUGAUAAUUCAAUACCAGCAGUAUUAUCAUAUUAUUCAGCAGCAACUGAACAUGAUCCAACAUGGUACAAAGCAUGGCAUGCAUUUGCAUAUACAAAUUUUGAAAGUGUAUUAUUUUAUAAACAUAAACAAUCAUCAUUGUCAACUGGUGGUGAUGGAUUAAUAAUUGAAAAUAAUAAUAACAACAGCAAUUCAUCAUCACAAUAUAUAUCAAAAUUUACUGUACCAGCUGUUGAUGGUUUUUUUAAAUCAAUAAAUUUAUCACAUGGUAAUUCAUUACAAGAUACAUUACGUUUAUUAACACUUUGGUUUGAUUAUGGACAAUGGCCAGAAGUAUAUGAUGCAAUUGUUGAGGGUAUACGUCUUAUUGAAAUAAAUACAUGGCUACAAGUUAUACCACAAUUAAUUGCUAGAAUUGAUACACCACGUUUACUUGUUGGUCGUUGUAUACAUCAUUUAUUAAUUGAUAUUGGUAAAUCACAUCCACAAGCACUUGUUUAUCCAUUAACUGUUGCAUCAAAAAGUGCAUCACAAGCACGUAAAACAGCAGCAAAUAAAAUAUUAAAAAAUAUGUGUGAUCAUAGUCCAACACUUGUACAACAAGCAAUAAUGGCUAGUGAUGAAUUAAUUAGAGUUGCAAUAUUAUGGCAUGAACAAUGGCAUGAGGGUCUUGAAGAAUCAAGUAGAUUAUAUUUUAGUGAAAGAAAUGUUAAUGGUAUGUUUGAAAAAUUAGAACCAUUACAUGCAAUGCUUGAACGUGGUCCACAAACAUUAAAAGAAACAUCAUUUCAUCAAGCAUAUUCACGUGAUUUAAUGGAUGCACAUGAAUGGUGUCAACGUUAUAAAUUAUCUGGUAAUGUUAGAGAUUUAAAUCAAGCAUGGGAUUUAUAUUAUCAUGUAUUUCGUAGAAUAUCAAGACAAUUACCACAAUUAACAAGUCUUGAGCUACAAUAUGUUAGUCCAAAGUUAAUGUUAUGUCGUGAUUUAGAACUUGCUGUACCUGGUAGUUAUUUUCCUGGUCAACCAAUUAUUAGAAUUUCAAAUAUACACAGUUCAUUACAAGUUAUAACAAGCAAACAAAGACCAAGAAAAUUAUGUAUCAAAGGUAGUAAUGGUAAAGAUUACAUGUUUUUAUUAAAAGGACAUGAAGAUUUACGUCAAGAUGAACGUGUUAUGCAAUUAUUUGGUCUUGUUAAUACUCUAUUAAUACAUGAUCCAAAUACAUUUAGAAGAAAUUUAACAAUACAACGUUAUGCUGUUAUUCCAUUAUCAACAAAUAGUGGUUUAAUUGGUUGGGUACCACAUUGUGAUACAUUACAUACAUUAAUACGUGAUUAUCGUGAAAAAAAGAAAAUAUUAUUAAAUAUUGAACAUCGUAUUAUGUUACGUAUGGCACCAGAUUAUGAGCAUUUAAUGUUGAUGCAAAAAGUUGAAGUAUUUGAACAUGCACUUGAGCAUACACAUGGUGAUGAUUUAUCAAGAUUAUUAUGGUUAAAAUCACCAUCAUCAGAAGCAUGGUUUGAUCGUAGAACUAAUUUUACACGUUCACUUGCUGUUAUGUCAAUGGUUGGUUAUAUAUUGGGUCUUGGUGAUAGACAUCCAUCAAAUUUAAUGCUUGAUCGUUUAAAUGGUAAAAUAUUACAUAUUGAUUUUGGUGAUUGUUUUGAAGUUGCAAUGACUAGAGAAAAAUUUCCAGAAAAAAUACCAUUUAGAUUAACGAGAAUGUUAAUAAAUGCCAUGGAAGUUACUGGUAUUGAAGGUACAUAUAGAAGAACAUGUGAAUCAGUUAUGCAUGUACUUAGAAGAAAUAAAGAUAGUUUAAUGGCUGUACUUGAAGCAUUUGUAUAUGAUCCAUUAUUAAAUUGGAGAUUAAUGGAUAAUAAUAAUACAAUAAUAAUAAAUAGCAGCAACAACAACAACAACAAUAAUAAUGCAAAUAAUAAUACAAAUAAUAAUACAAAUAAUAAUAUUACUACACCAAAAAGUAAAAAACCAGAUGUUGUUGCUACUGUUGAUGCUACUGUUGCUGCUGUUGCUGCUACAACCACUACCACUAGUAGUGAUAAUCAAGAACAUGGUGGUGAUUCAUUAGAUGUUAUUGGUUCAACAUUACCAAAAAAAGGAAUAAUACCAUGUAGUAUGGAAAAUUGUGGUGAUCAACCAGAGGCAUUAAAUAAAAAAGCACUAACUGUUGUUACAAGAGUCAGAGAAAAAUUAACUGGUAGAGAUUUUUCAAAUGAUGAAUCUUUAAGUGUACAACGACAAGUACAAUUACUCAUUCAACAAGCAACAAAUAAUGAAAAUCUUUGUCAAUGUUACAUUGGAUGGUGUCCAUUUUGGUAAUUUUCGUAAUUUCUAUAAGUUUGUUAAGACACAAUUAAUUGUAUAUAUUAUUUGUUUAUACAUAUUAUUAAAAAUAUAUUAAUUUUUUUUUUUUUCCAAUCAAUUAUCAUAUUUGCAGUACUACUUUUAUUUUUUUUACAAGUCAAUUAUGUAUAAGUAUAUGUAUGUACCAAUAAUAAAACAGCUUUAAUAUGUCUC